UGUAGGAGGGGCUCUGAUAGCCAGCCCACAGAUGCUUAGACCUGCCCAGAAACUAGCAGGGGAGUCAGGUCCCAGGACAGUCCAGAUUAGAAGACUCCAAGAAGGCAGGAGACUGUGGGAGAGAAGAGCCCUGACUUCUGCCAACCUCCAGCAUCAUGGGCCCUCGAGGCUGCUUCCUGAUGUUGUUGCUGCUGCUAAUGAUACUGAGUCACGACCACAAUAAGCUGUUGGCUCUCUUCAAGCUGAAACCUUUUUGGUCAUGCCCCAAAGUCAGGAUGAAGUGCCUUUACAGAGAGAUCCCUCAUUGCUACAGUGACAAAGACUGCAAAAUCCAUGAGAAAUGUUGUCUAUUAAGCUGUGGGACGAAAUGCUUGGGCAUUGAUAACGACCCAUGUGAGAAGAUUCCCACUGUUAAACCUUGUAAACGAUCUCUAAUUCGCUGGUACUUCAAUAUUACACAAAAUCGUUGUUUACCCCUUGGGUUCAACAAAUGCAGUAAAAGCGAAAACAGCUUUCAGACUCGUGAAAUUUGCAGGAGGACCUGUUUAGAAUUUGGACAUGGAACACCAAUAAAACUCUUUGAGCUGGAAGGAGAGCCAUUUACUGUGCUAAUUUAGGCAAAUGUAGCUCUCUGAUGUGCUUCCGGAAUCUCUCUGUUUCACAGAGCAGCAGCAUCUCAGAACUGCAGAGCAUCUCAGAGGUCAUCUUGUCUUCGGUCUACUCCAGGAUCUCCUCCCCAACAUCCCAUUGCAAGGCAUCUUCCAGCAUCUCCUUAAAAGCCUUCAGGGACGGGGAGCUCACUCCCUUCUGAAGCUAUCCAUUCCAUUUUUGCAUAUUAGAAAGUUUGAUCAUAUGCACAAGGUCCCCCAGGAAGUCACUACAAAACUUGGGAUCAGACUCCCUCACAUCCUGACACUUCUAAGAUGUGAGACCCUGUGUAAGGCAUUUCCCCUUUACUAGCCUUGUUUUUCUCCUCUGUCCCAUGACGGGGUGGGAUUUGAGGGCCUCCCAGGUCCCUUCCAGCUCUAAUUUAUGAGCCCUCUCUCUCCAGGAUGAUGGAAAAUCUGCCUGGAUUGUGGGAGAAAUGCUGAGCACAGCAGAUCUCUCAUUGUCAGCUGAUUGUAGGAAGAAAAAGGGCUCCUCUGUGGGGCCACAAUGAAUAGACAUGUAAACAUGGCUCCCCAAGGCCAAGAGGAUCAUGAUGGUCCCCAAACACCCAGACCCAAGACUUUUUUUUUUUUUUUUGUAGUCGAGUCAUUUCAGUAGUAUCCAACUCUUCAUGAUCCCAUUAGGGCUUUUUUUCUUUGGCAAAGAUCAGUUUGUCAUUUCCUUUUCCAGUUCAUUUUACAGAUGAGAAAAGUGAGUCAGUCAGGACUAAGUGACUUUCCUCUGGAUCCAGAUUUGAACUCCAGGAUCAGAUCUCUAUCCCUGCUUUUUUCUUCUCAAGCUACAGGGAAGAAAACGAGCCUGAGGGAGUGGGGCCCAAGAGAUGGAAAGGGAGCAGUAAGACCCUGCAUUUAGAGAUUUUAAAGCUGAAAGAGAAUAAUAGCCCCCAGCCACCCACACUUUUUUUUUUUCCAGUGACAAAGUAUGGUCUAAAAGUGAUUGUGUGAUUUGACUCAAAUCACAUAGUAAGUGACAGAGGAAGAGAUGAAUCUUCUCAUUACCCAAUGUUCUUUUCUCUAUACCAUAUUACCUUUCUUGAAUCCUUUAACAAUUAUCUUUUUCUUAGACUGAUGUACUUUUUUUCUUCUGAAUAAAUCAUAUUUAAAAGCAACACUAUUUUUCCCCUGAGGCGGUUGAGGUUAAGUAACUUGCCUAGGGUCACACCUAGGAAGUGUUAAGUGUCUUGCACAGAUUUGAACUCAGGUCCUCAUGACAUCAGGGCUGGUGCUCUAUCCACUGCACCACCUAGCUGCCCCAGAAACACUAAAUUUUAACUCAUGUUGAAAGAGAAAGAGAAAAAAGAAAAAGAAUGGGAACUGCUGUAAGAAUUCCCCAAGAUGGCUGAACAAGAUGGAGUGGAGGCAGAACAUUUCUCUCCUAUUGGUACAAAAAAUGACCUGAUGUCCUAAAGGCUGAAGUCCUUUGUUUAUACUAGGCUAGAAUUAUUCCCUAUGUAAUCCUGCCCUAAGGUUCUCUGCCAGAGUAUGCUUGGAAAACCUGACAAGGUCUCAGACAGCCACGGUAUGACUUUAGUCCUUCAGCUACAGGAUUCUCCUGCUAGUUCUCUUCCAAAACAGCACACUGGGAACUUCUCCCUCCAGUAAGCCAGUCCUGAACCAGAAAGCUCUUGACCCAAGAGAUAACCAUCAAGUUCGGAGACUUCCAUUUCUCAGUCUUGCCUGUGAUUGACCGUGCAUAGAAAAUUCCCAUUACUAAGGAAGGGUGGUAAUUCCCCCAGAGCUUCCCUAGAAGUAUAAGGAAGAGAAAGCUAUGAUAAGAGAGUCAUCUCCAUAGCUCCUUUAAUGAUGGUAACUUUACCAGAUUUGGGUUCAACCUGAUAAUCACUGAUAGCCUACUCCUUUGUGUUUAUUGUUGUUUAAUUCUAAGCUUUUUUGUUUUCAAAAUAUAUGUAUAGAAAGUUUUCAACAUUCACCCUUCCAAAGGGCAGCUAGGUGGUGCAAUGUUAGAGCACCAGCCCUAUGAAGUCAGGAGGACCUCAGUUCAAAUGUGACCUCAGACUCUUAACAACUUAACACUUCCUAGCUGUAUGACCCUGGGCAAGUCACUUAACCCCAAUUGCCUCAGGAAAAAAAAAAGAAUAUAUAGGAUCAAUAUUGGGGAAAUUAUCCAUGCAUAUGCUUCAUAAAUAAAAAGCUUUAACUUAAAAAAAAAAUUUACCCUUGCAAAACCUUGUGUUUCAAAUUUUUCUCCCUCCCUUCCUCCCAUCCCCUCUCCUAGACAGCCUCCCAUUACAUAUAGAUUUCUUUUUUUUUAAUUAAAGCUUUUUAUUUUCAAAAUAUAUAUGUAGAUAAUUUUCAUUAUUCAUCCUUACAAAUCUUGUGUUCUAAAUUGUUUCUCUCCCUUCUUCUACCCUCUCCCCUAGAUGCCAAAUAAUGUAAUAUAGGUUAAACAUGUGCAAUUCUUCUAUAUAUAUCCCCACAAUUAUCAUGGAUAGCCUACUCCUUCUGAUAGCUGCAGUUAUAUCUGUUCCUCUCUGGGGCAUGAGGGUAGAGGGUCUUCUGGGUGGAGGAGAGAGGUCUAUUUAGCUCUCUGUGUGAAAAGGAAAUGUCAAGUAGCAAACUUCAUCUCCUUCAAGGUCUUUCUAGAACAAGUCACAGCUCUCUCCCAAGGGGCUGACUGGAAUAGCUGAGAAGGCCAGCAUUUUCUGCGGUUUGGGGGCCUCUCACCAUAUACCUUUGAUUUAAAUAAAAUCAGUUCAGCUGCCUUA